AUGAAAAAGUCAAAGACCACCUCUCACAUUGGACUCUUGUCCUUUUUGCAGAGUUCUGCUGAUUCCUACACGAGUAGACCAUCGGAUUCCGACCUGUCCCUGGAGGAGGACAAGGAGGCGUCUCGGCGUGAGGCCGAGCGCCAGGCCCUGCUCCAGCUCGAGAGAGCCAAGACCAAACCUGUGGCAUUUGCAGUGAGAACCAAUGUCAGCUACUGCGGGGCUCUCGAUGAAGACUGUCCGGUUCAGGGUGCUGCCAUCAACUUUGAAACCAAAGAUUUUCUACACAUAAAAGAGAAGUAUAAUAAUGACUGGUGGAUCGGGAGGCUGGUGAAGGAGGGGGCAGAUAUUGCCUUCAUCCCCAGCCCUGUUAAACUGGAGGCCAUGCGGAUCAAGCAGGAACAGAAAACAGCUCAGAGGAAAAUGGGUGGAAAUGCUUCAUCUGGUGGCUGGAGGUCUACUCCUCCUUCUGCAGCCAAACAGAAGCAGAAGCAGUGUUCCAUCCAUCCUGUUGUUCUGGUUGGCCCCUCGCUGAAAGGCUAUGAGGUGACUGAUAUGAUGCAGAAAGCCUUGUUUGACUUCCUGAAACACAGAUUUGAUGGGAGGAUUUCUAUCACACGGGUGACUGCAGAUCUGUCUCUGGCCAAGAGGUCUGUACUGAACAAGAAAGCUAUCAUGGAGAGGUCAAACACACGUUCCAGUCUGGACCUAUUUUCCGAGGUGCAGAGUGAGAUUGAGAGAAUAUUUGAACUGGCUAAAAGCCUGCAGUUGGUGGUCUUGGAUGCAGAUACUAUCAACCACCCCACACAGCUUCUCAAGACCUCCCUCGCCCCCAUCAUUGUCUACGUCAAAGUGUCCUCUCCAAAGGUUCUUCAAAGACUCAUUAAGUCCAGAGGGAAAUCUCAAAGCAAACAUCUCAACGUGCAAAUGAUGGCUGGAGAUAAACUAGCACAGUGCCCACCAGAAAUGUUUGAUGUUAUACUGGAUGAGAAUCAGUUAGAGGAUGCCUGCGAACACCUGGCCGAAUACUUAGAUAUAUACUGGCGUGCCACUCACCUGCCAGGCUCCGCCCCCCUGAACCCUCUAGUGGAGCAAAAUGUAGUUACACCACCCUCAGCCAACUCUAGCCAACAGUUCUCAGAGACGCAGGAGCUAAUUGAAUGAGCACUACCACAAAUUAGGAGUGACACAGAACAUUCCAGAAAGACCCCCAGAAUAUUCCUCAAAGACCAGCCACUCACUGCCCCAGAAUGAGACGGGGCUCAGAGCAACUGCCCCCCUGAUGAGAAAGAGGAGGAACGGAGGGAUGGUGAAAGAGAUGAAGGCCAGCGGAGAAGUGGACCAAUCCCAGCCUCACUGACAGUGACAACACACACUCUCUACUAACCCUGCACUAACACAUGUGUCAUCCUUUACAUCUCAGGGCCACUCUGCUGCAGGCCUUCAGCUAACACACACACAAGUAUACACACAUUCAACUGGUCUGAAUGUCCCUGCUGAGCCCAACGCUGAGAUCAACAGGGGUUUCCCCAACCCCUUGGUGGUGCCAUCUGUCCACCAGGUUCUGCCAGCCUGACUCUGGCACUGGCAUCAGAGCAUCCAUACCAUGCCCUCACAAAGAAGGGCACCACAUGCCACUAACAUCCCGCUCACUCAGUCUCCACCUCCUGCAUCGCUUUUGGUUUGUUUUCAAGGCCAUACCUUUUGCACAAUACAUUUCAUUUCAAUCAAUCGUCAAAU